UUCUUCAUCCUUUGACUCUCUGAGGCUCUGGCACCCAGGGUAGAGAGAAUCAAGCAAGGACGGAAGUUUUUGAGAAUGGAUAACAAAAACCAAGCGCUAUAAUUCACAGAUGAGUUUGACUUUGAGCUGGAUAUCCACAAAAAACAGACGAAAAUGUAAAUGAAGAAAAGGGAACGGAGCCUCAGUAGAAAGCUUGUGAUGGUUAUCAUUUCCAUGAAAAAGAUUGAACCACAAAGUCUUACUGUAUCAUUGGAACAAAGGCACUGUUUCAUCGUGCUAUGCCUCUUUUAACACAAAUUAGAUGUUUAAACAUUUAUCCUUUAUCAUCGAUUUGAAAUCCUUUAUCUUGAAGAAAUUACAAUUACUUCUCAUAAUCUAAAUCACCAUGAGUUAAAAAUCUUGUUAUUAGACCCUUUCUGCCAUUUAUAUUAACGAAACAGCAAGUGAUGCACAAAAGUUUUAUUGAUUCUAUGUUGAAAGAACCAAUUUCCGAAAAUUAUAUCUCAAUAGUGAAAUGAGGUUUCUCGAUUUUUUCAUUAUCUUUGAUGAUAAAGGGAUAACUAUUACAGAGUUUAAAUUGUUUGUUUCUGAAACGCCUUGACCAAGAACUGUUUAACGCAAAUUUCAGAACAUAUUUGACUUGAAUUGGCAUUUCAAAGUAGCAUCGAGAUUGUAAGUUUGCUUUAUUUCUUUCAUCACUUGCAAAAGUUUGUAUCAAAAUGGAAUGCAGUAAAGACUUUUGCUAUUUCGUGUUGCUGGGAACUGUUGGCGCCGAUAUUUUUGAUACCUUUUUGUACAUUUAAAGCAGUGGUCAUCGAUACAAUCAUUUUGGAACACUCUCACAAUGACGUAGAGCGUUUGAGUACAGUUUCGGAAUAAGGAUAUAGGUAGGCUGAAUUUGAAUAUGGAAAUUUAAUUUAUUUUAUGAGAAGGAAAAAGAUCUUCCGAUGUCUCUGAUUCCAGCUUGAAUCAAUCUUUGUUCAAAUCUGAAGGAUCUAGCUGACAUUCUUUAAAAUGUGACAAUUGAAUAAUGUUGAUGAUUUACUACUGUCCGUUGCCCGUUUUUGUACCACUGGCCUCCAAACUAAUACCACAACAUUUUUCUACGGGCUUUAAUCUUGUUUUAUGCAGACUUGAACUAGUGAUGUAUACCACAGUUCGUUUGAAAUUCAUUCUACCAAUUGGUGAAGGAUGUUACCUUUGGAAAUAAACUGGAAUCCUUCUAGCUAAGCGGGGGUAGGACCUUUAGAUGUGUACUUGAAACUUUUUUUCGUUCGUGCUGAGAACAUUUUAUUAGAAAAUCUUUAAGAGGUUGAAGAAUCUUUCUUAUUGUGGCCACGCGAUACUUCUUUAAGAACUGCUUUUUUAAUCUGAUACAUUGAUUAAAACUUUUAACGCGCUAGCUAGCAGUUUUGAUCACAUCCAAUUUGGUACUGCCAUAGUUGAUAUAGUGAAUGGUAUAUCAACAAUGGUACUGCCUUGUUGUUCGUUAACUGACCCAUAGUUGAUAUCGUGGGUCAACUAUGGCAGUACCACUAUCAUUGACCCAUAUCAACUAUAUCAACUAUAACUAUAUCAACCAUGAUAUACCCAAGAAUGAGAAUGACGUCACGCAACGGUCUCUGCUGUACAGACCUUUCCUCUUGACUUGAAUUCACUUUCCUGUCAGAAUCCGUCAAGAAAAACUAGUGAACGACCAAUAUGUUUUUCAUACUCUUUGCACCUGCUUUACAAAUUAUAAAGAGUUAAGCGCUGCUUUUGAAUAUCAAACGCCAAUGAAUAUCUUAAGUAUUCAACUUUGAUGUGGAUUAAAAUGCUUCCGUGGCAUGUUUUUGAUUGCCAUGCUCAAAAAACAGAGCAAAACUAUUGCUAUUCUGCUUCACAAUUGAGAACUGGAAUUAGGUCUGCCAAUUCUUAUUACCAACCGUGAUUUUUUUGGUGGAGCGAUCUACAAAAUGCAAACCAAGACUUUCAAGUCGUAACGACAUUUCCUUACUUGUUUGUUUUAUUGUUUCAUUCCUAUCAUUGGAAAGGGAUAGGUAAAAAAUUUGUGUUCACUUUCAGGAAGCAUCUAUACAUUUACAAUAUAGACUCUUCCCAUUAUGACGUCAUGUGCCUUUAAGCCUGCAUUUCGCUUCGCGGCAAACUCUUGCCUAAAGCAAGUCGUACUUUGCUGCUCAAAAGUAGCACUUUUUACCAUCUGCCGUAAAACCACAGAAAAUCUUGCUAAUUUUGUCGCCCAGCAUUUCUCUAGUUUUUUCAAAGCUGUAGGCCGUGGAUCACUGUGAAAAAGUAUUUGCAACAGAAGAUCCUUGCGAUCAAAAUAGGAAUAGUUGCAUUCGAGCCUGCAAACAAUGUUGAAGGAGCAAAGCAAGUGGAUGAGAUGGCUGAACCAUCUCAGUUGGAAAAGACAGUUGGACAAGGACCCUGGCCCUACUUUCAAAGUUCAGCAAUAGAAUGACACCCAAGGUAUUCGGACCAAGAAAGAAGGAGACAAAGUACAGAAAGAAGGAUACAAGCGUGCAAAAAGUAAGAGAUUGCGAUUUCUUGUAAAGGCAAAAUCGAGAUUAAAUAGAUUUGAAUUUCACUUAGCUUAGGCAGUGAUGACAUGCUCCACCAGAUGCAAAAGUUCUGUCGUUAAAGUUUCUUUUCUUGUCCUUCAAUAAGCGAAGGAAACGAAGAAGAGAAAGAAGCCUCUUGUACAUAGCCUGUGCCUACCAAGGUUCACUUUUGAAAAAAGUCCAGUUGAACUAGAAAGCUCAUUGUAAAAGUUUAGAUUGGCAGACAGGCCUUCGUUGCUCUUUUUGGCAUAAGCCCUGCUCUUUGUUCAGACAACAAGCUCAAGAGCUUUGAGGAUAUUGGCUGGUAGUGGCCUAAAUGGUAAAAAAUUGCAAUACUCAGUUGCAUUACGUCCACAGAUGUCAUCAUGAUGUGCCACACCAUUGGGUAAGUACGAACAAUUUAUUUGGAAAAGAUGAAAUACGUAGCUGUUGAAGAAUCGAUUGAAGUUUGCCUCGAAACAAUACUGUAAAGUGCAGAGCCAGCACAUGUAAGUGCGAAGCAAUCUACAAAUUACUUUUAGUUCUAAGGUUUGUAAUUUUAAAUUUGUACCGACCUGCAUCUGGUCAAAAUUCAAAGAAUCGUUGCUACUUUAAAAAAAUUCUCUAUUUCUAAAAAAAUCUCUUAUCUUCACAGCAUUUUUACUAUGCAUCUUAAAGUCAUCGUAUUAUGUUGCGUCAAAUUGUCGAAUGCAUAUUCCUAUUCACCCAAGGUUGGUAUGCUUCUCUGUGCAAGAUAUAUCGCCCUAUCAACUCUGCUAUUUGUUUUGUUACAGAUAGGCCCUCAGUUUUCAUUUAUGUUAUGAAGCCAUUUUUAAUGUAUUUAUCGUCAGUAAUGUUUUUCUACUAGUUUCAAUUUCUAUCUGGCAUACAUUUUUGCCAAGUUGAGAUAAACUGUUUCUCGAAAUGCAUGCAAUGCCUCGCAUUGAAUUUUGCUAUACAAAGUUGGCUGCCAGUUCAAUGAGCUUUAGCCCACCGCCUUCCUAAGACCUUGCUGCUAAUCUGUGAAGCAUACAUACUAGGACUGAUGGUAGAAUGACGCAGCAAUGCUAUUUUCAUUUCUGCACCAGAGCUGUUGAUAUAAUGUGUCUCUGCGUAUAGAACCAACAGGAACGGAGCUGAUGGAAGGUUUGAUUUUACUAGAUAUUAAGUUUCUCGAAUGUUUACUAUAAUCUUCUAACGUUGAAGUUAGUGAUAUUAGCUCCGAAAGGGAAAGGCAAAGUAGAGAGUAAAGGAAAAAAACUAUAUCACACAUGACAAAUACUGUAUGCAUGAUGCGUGAUUGUAUAUUUUUGUAGGGAAUGUGCCUGGGGAUAUGUUAAAAUUGAUUUUAUUUUUUGUGUUUAAAAUCAUCAGUGUAUUAUUUCGCUGAAUUAUCUAUUAGGGAACUGGAUUAUGGGAUUGGUGAUACGGACCCAAGUCUGCUUUGGCUUCCUAUGUGUGCAGAAAGUGGUGUGGAUUGUAUGUUAACAUUUUCAAAUGCUAUGUACCUAAGUACCUUGUGGGGGGUAUUUCUCCUUGCAAACAGAUGUUUAAAGUCUGAUGAAUUCGCAAGUGUUUUUUCUUGUUACCUUCUUUUGCUGUCAUUAAUUAUGUAGUCAAUCAUCCCUUGAUAAAAAGCAACCUACCCCAUUUCCUGCCAAGCACUUGUUCUAAUUUCCUUCAUAUUUUAUUCAUCUUUUUGAUGAAAGAACGAGACUGAAAAACCGUCAGUUGAAAUUUGGAAUUGCUUAUUCACUGGCGAAUGGAAAGUCUUUUUUGACUGCAGGCUUGGCAUAAAAAAGUGAACAAUCUGAGUGAAACAGCAAGAUCGAGCUCAAUAUUUGAGAUGAAAGCAAAAUAAAAGGACAGGUGCUAUAUACAUCUUUAACAAACUCACACUUGUACGUUGCAACCUGCUGCCAAUAAUAGCUUCGGUAAACAAACAGAAGAAGCCACUUGUUUCAGUCUAUUUUGCUCGUAUGCGCUCGUUAUGGUUGAUCUAGAAACAAUUAGGGCGCGAUUUGUUUGAAACAAGCUCAGGCUUAGAACUAAGUACGGAGCUUUCGACGGCCAAUGCUUUCCUGUACAGCUCGUUAAUAAUGGCUUUUGAUGAUAUCUGUCGAAAAGAGAGUGCAUAUACAUAUUUAAUGAGUUGUUCAGUUUCAACUUGAUACGAGAGAACUCUCCCCUCGGUAUUCAGUUGAAGGUUUCAACUGCCUCAAUCGGUUGUGCGUUAUUGGUGAGCUCUGUAGAGAUUUGAUAUUUACUAUUUGCUUUGCAAAUAGCGCCUGUACACCUUUGCAAAUAGCAGGCGGAUUUUUUUCUGUUAAUCAUUUCCAGAACGGAGUUUGUUCGCUGUGACAGAAGGUCUUGAGUGAUCAACGCGUCUCGUCACCUGCUCGUUUGAUUGCAUCGAAUACACAACUGAUGAUAGAGAAAUAGUAAAUAGAGCAUAAAGCGGACAACCGUUUCGCUCGGAACUAAGUCUAAAGACUACAGUUGGAUAUGCCGAUUCCAGAUUAUUUUGUCGCUCUUCACUUGACAGUUAAUGGCAAAAAUGAUGAAAUGCUUGGGACAGAUGAAUCCGAACUGUCUACAAUGGAAAUUGUUGUUAUCGACUCAGAGCUUAAAAAGGUGCUGCAGAGCGACAAGAUGACAAUUAGGCCUGAAACAGCUCUAGCCAAGGAUGAAAAACGGCAACCGACAAAGAAUUCAUUCACAGGAAGCGGCAAACUGAUGAGUUUCAAAGAAUCUGUAGAACAGAUUGGUUUGACAAUCGCUACGUACACAGAUAAAGGCAGCAAGACCAUUUCCUUGACAGCCUGUGACAACCUACAAUUUCGCCAGUGUUUGCAUCCACAAGCCAUUAGGAACGGCAUCAAGCUAAGCAUGGAGCUGCAUAAGUAUCACAAUGUCUGUCACGAGUACACUAAAUGUUCGGGAAAAAGCUUUACGUCAUUGAAACAAAUAGCCGAAGAUGCUGGUCUGGACUAUGACUUGAUAGUUAAGGAUGGCAAGAGUCGUCUAUGUUCGGAAAUAGUCAUUGACUUGAUCAACAAAGAACAUUCCUUUGACGACCCUGAGGUAAUUAUGAAUAUUUUGCCACCUGGAAUGAGUACUGGCCAUGUUCUGGAUGAAACAGUUGUCCGAGUCCGUGGUUUACCCUGGCAGGUUUCCGAUCACGAUGUUGCAUCUUUCUUCAAAGGCCUAAAUAUUACCAGGGGCGGUGUUGCUCUGUGUCUGAAUUUGAAGGGUAGGAGGAAUGGUGAGGCGCUGGUGCGGUUUGAAACUGCGGAGCACCGUGAUCUAGCAAUGAAAAGGCAUAAGCAUCACCUCUCCGGAAGGUACAUCGAGGUUUACAAAGGAAAUCGCCAAGAUUUUAUAAAAAUUGCACGAGGUCCAGUUGGAGCUAUGAAUGUUGCCGCGAGUUUUCUCAGUUUGGGCGGGGAUGUCAUAAUACGAAUGCGAGGCUUACCCUAUACAGCUACUGCCAAAGACAUUGUAGCCUUUUUUGGUAAGGACCUGUCGAUCCAGAAUGGUGAGAGCGGUGUACUGUUGGUUGAUCAUCCGGACGGCACUUCCACCGGGGACGCAUUCGUGAUAUUCAGUGAUGAAAAUGACGCCAAGGUAGCACUGAAGAAACACAGAGGAAAGAUUGGACAGCGCUAUGUUGAGCUGUUUCGAAGCACACAGGCCGAGCUGCAACAGGUUUUAACUAUGUACAACGUCGGCUACCAGUUUGUCAGCCCUGUUGGACUGGUUUCGCCCCUGAUGCCGCCUUUGUCACCCUUGCCUGGGACAUUUUCUUUUGGACUAUUGGACCGUGGUGGAGCAAAUCAAAGAGCCCAAUCCCUGAUGACUAUGUCCUGCCUUAGAUUACGGGGCUUGCCUUUCUCAGCCACCAAAGAUGACAUCGUUACAUUUCUUGGACAUCAUUCUCAAGGAGUUAUUGGCACUGUUCACAUCAUUUACAACCUGCAGGGAAGACCAUCUGGAGAGUCGUUUGUUCAGUUAAAGUCAGCUGAAAGUGCACAUAAAGCUGCAAAUGAAUUGCAUUUGAAACACAUGGGUGAAAGGUACAUAGAAGUAUUCCAAUGCUCCAUUCAUGACAUGAGCCUGAUGCUUGCAACGAGUCAGGCCAAUCAAAUGGCAGCCCAACAUUUAAACCGAGUCAAUAACAAUAACACAUGUACAAGCAACGGAGUCAGCACAAACAACAACAACAAUAACAGCAACAACUUUAUUCCUACUAGCCCUCUUCCAAUUCAGCAAGGGCAUCGGUUAUUGUCGCCGACAGGCUCAAAUAGCAUGGUCCUGCCUAUUAUCCCCGCAAUUCCGACUGUCGUAAACGGGCACUACCCUCACUUAUCGCCGACAGUCCCUCAUGGAGAAUUCUUUCAAGCACAUCCAUUUCCAUAUGUUAGCCCAAUGAUUCCUCACGAGAACAUGAACUUCUCUACAAGCCCAUAUUGCAAACCAACUGGGAUGACAUACAGUCUGAAUUAUCAAAUUCCAGAAGAUCGGCACAAAAUAUACCAAGAGAAAGAAAAGGAAUCCUCUAACAGUCGUUCAGUGGAGAUCUUUGAUGGAUCAAAUUACGUCUGGAUUGUUUUCAGUCAUUUUAUAAACUGUUGCCAUUACACUUAAAAUUUUUCCCUCCAAGUUGCAAAUUAAGAUGUUAUCGAAAUGUGAUACACAACCCAAGUAACACAUGAGAAAAUAUUGUUUUCAGCAUUUGAAAGAGGGCCUUAUAAUAGAAGGGGCCUAAAUUGAAAGAGAGGACUUAAUAAAUAUUUUGUAAUAAAAAAUCAUUUGUAGUGGUAAACAUGACGUGAAUUUUGAUUUGAUGAGAAGUAUUGAACGACCAAUGAAUAAAAUGAAAAUCUCCGUUUUUUGUAAAGUUAACAUAUUUUGGCAUCAGUGAAAAUUGCUUUGGGAUGGAGGCUAAAUCGAGAUGGGGCCUAUUAAGUUUUCCUUCUGAAAGAGGGGGACUAAUGUGGGGGUUAAUUGAGAGGAGGGCUUAAAAGAAAAUUUAUGGUAUACAAUAACAGACCCGAGGCUAGAAGGGGAUUGGAAUAGAGGCUAAGGCAAGUUGGAGAAAAUUACUGUUGUUGGAUCAUAUACUAUGCUACAGUUUGUGGCUUUAUCACCGACCACCUUCUGUUCUACUAAAACAGUCACUUUUUAAAAUAUAUCACCAUUUUAAAGUUUGAAUCGGCAUUCUUGUGUGAAGCAAGUUUGCAACGGCAUCAUUUGUGAAAGAAGUCAUCAAUUCACAAUAAUCUUUAAAAAGGCAUAAAGUAUGUUGAAUUGAUAUUCUAAAAUUUAUCUUUAAGACUUGAGUUACUAAAAACCACUAGUCUUGUUCAUGCUAGAUAUACAGGCAAUUUAAUGUUGCAAUGUUUAGUUAAAGAAAAUUUUAAUUGUUCAUAAAUAUCAAUGGCUUAGCAAAAGACAGGGGCGGACUGGCCGGUCGGGCUACCGGGCCCUCCAAAAAUUGUUGCAAUUUUUCUUCAUUUUGCUAUGAAAUGGCAACAUGGAUUGUUUAGUAGGGGCCCUCUUCUCUUGCCAUUACACAUGUCAGUUUCAAUGUUUGCAAGGAUAUGGCAGAUUUUUGAAUCAUUUUCUAGAAAAGUAGAAUACUUUAAUGCUAACCAGAUAGAUUUUAGAAUAAACAUCAAAACAGCGGAGGGCUCAGCCCCCCUCCUUGUUUGUGCUUCGAUCAGACAAGAAUCGUGUAACGCAUAGAAAGCUGGAACAAAAUUUUUGCUCCAGCAUAUGUCUGCCAUUGUAAACUGAACAAGAAAAGGAGAAAAGAUGCAACUGGAAGUCUAAAAUGCAUUACAGGCUUAAUGCUCAUAGAAAUGUAGAC